AUGUCUGUUGGUGGCACGGCAGUUGCCCUUGGAGUUGCGCAGGUAGCUGCAGAGGCCGGUGGGGAUUGUGCAUCGUUGGCAACUGAGGCAGCACUAGUGUCAGAGUGUAGCGCUAGUGACUGCACACCGGAGUUGCAGCGACUACUUCGAUGGAGGCAACUUGGCCCUGGCCAAGAGACAGUCAACGCUAUUCAUGCAGCGGCGACCACCGAUGCUCUCGUCGAUAGUGCUCGACUCUGGCCGUCGCGGCUCACUUGUGGUCUCCAUGCGCUCCUAGAUAUUUUCCUGGCAGAGCGCGCGCCAGGAGAGCCUGCUGCUGCAUUUAGAACGCUCGCAACGACCCUCGCAAACUUCGCAAUACGGCCAGGUCGUGCGCAUAUUCACAGAGUCUUUCUCAGACGUGCUCUCGCCGCUGACAUCAGUGGUGUUCUCCCAGGACUACGGCCACCAACACUGGAGUCCGAGGUGCCCACGUCACCUCUGCGUGAAAGUUCACCACCACCGAUGCAUACCUCGCGUGUAUCACACCGCAGUAGCCCCUCCGAUGAUAAUGAGCAGUGCACCCCUAGUCCCAUGAUGGAAAUUUGGAUCCCGUCGUCGUCACGCACUGCCGAGCAGACGGCUAUUGAUGCCAUCCAACGCGAGGUCGAACUUUUGACGCGCCCCGGUGUGCCCAGAGCGCCAUCCUUGCUAGGCAGCUCUUCUCACACGGAAGAGGGAGUUGCCGAACACGAGUGGAAUCGGUUUCUUGAGAUCUCGGCCGCUCGUGAGCUAUCUUCACAACCAUCGUUAGCAUUAUCGAAUACUCCAGCUCAACCAGAAUUGCAUGUUUCACUCCUGACUGCGGUUGCCGCUCCACUUCAGUGGUUGGAUGUCCUUGGUGCCGAUUGGGACGAUGAUGGAACCGGUGAGGAGCAGCGCCGGUCUGCGCUGACCGAGACAGUCGCAUCCCUGGAUGCUCUGUUUGCAAUAUGCUGUGCUAGCUACGUACGCUCCGGGGGAGCAUCGCGUGAGAGACCACACCACACAGCCCCGUUGAUGCUCGACCUCGUCGACGAGGUGUUGAGACUUUUGUGCCGCAUGUUUGCGAAGGCCAAUCACAUAGCAUGGAUUUCCCAUGCACGACAACUCAGUGUUAGCGUGCUUGCUGGCGCACUAGAGGUACUUCAAGGAUGCUUUCCCCUUGUGAUUAUUGCAGAGCGCGCCAUGCUCCUUAUUGAUGCGAUCCCAAGCCAAUUCAACGAAUUCAGCAUUGAUGCGGCUAUUGGCGAGCUCGUUUUCCUUCGAGAUAUUUCACGGAUGCCACUGGUGUGCCAUCUGCGCCGGGGUCGUCGGGCGUUGGCUUUGAAAAUUGGAGUGGCCGUCAUUGAUAUACUAAAACGCGCAAAUGCAGCUCGGAUUGGAUGCGUUACUUCAGAUAAUCUGGCGCUCUGCUGGGGACUUGGAGCACAGGCUAUCAGUGAACUCAUCUCUACAGCCAACGGGGAGAUCAAUGAUGCAUCUAUGCUGGCCACUGUACUUUUACCUGGAUGGUUAACAGAGUUGGCAUCCAUGGCAUUCGUGGAGUGGUACACAGAUCAGGCGGACGCUGGACAUCGAUAUGAAACUUCCUCGCACCGCUCCUCGUCUAGCUUCCGCGUGGACGCUGAGGUGAUCGGUGUAGAGGAGCAGUCCCCCUUUGGAGGCCUGCAGCGCGACGCCUUGCAAGACUGCACAAUGGCAACCCUUGCGAUGUUGCGAGCUGGAGGCACCGUUGAUAAUCCACAUGUGAUGAAUGCAGAGCUCGAGGCUUGCUCGGCUCUAAUGGCGCAACCAUUUUCUUUAGCUCGACCCUUACUUAGUGCGUGCACGUCGCUAGCAUCCUUCCAAGUUCUGGACAAGGCUGCUCACGUUAUCUCAGACGAUGGACCGCAGAUCAGUGCCGACUCUAGUCGGUUUUUCCAUCUCGGACUUGCGCUUCUUCACUACCCUGUAACAGACGUGACAUGCAUGUCAGACAUUAAAUUAGGCUAUGUCCUCACUGCGUCAGGCCUCGCGUUUGCUCAUAUGCGUAUUUCUUGCGUUGCCACACUCGAUGCUGUCUGGAAGCGACUUGGAAGAGACCAUGUAACAGCUAAAGAUUUGCUUUGCUUUGUGGCGCACGAUCAUGCCAGUCUUGGUGUGACUGUCGUGCAACACGCUGUUCAUCUGUUAAGCUCAACCUCCGGUGCAAUUCAGGCCCUUGCCAUCAGGCUUCUGGCUGGUGUCGCAGUUGCUGAGUUGCAGUCCUGCCUCGGUCACUUGCAGCGCUUUGAUAGGCAUCUCUCUAUUGAGAACAACACAAUCGCAAGUGAGGCUGCUGGCGCACUGCGCCUUCUCCGUGACUCAUUUCGGCGCUUGAUCUCACCAUCGCCUGGUGUGACCGCUGUCCUCUCACUUCUGGAUGGCGUGCCAGCUUGUCGACGGAUGGAGGGUGUUAUGCAGGCAGCUGCUGAGUUUGGUGAGACCGAAGAGCGGAUGAUCGUCGAUCUAAAUAUUCUAGCCGGGGUUUUUGCCGGGCCUCUGCGGCUGUGGGGAUCGCAAAUCGAUGCCGGUGUGGCUGUCGUUGACGGCGUCGACGGCGCGGAGGUUAGCAGCGCGGCGCAGCAGCUCUUCAGCCCGCUGGACGACAUCGUGUCCUUUGCUAGUCGUUUUGCCGCCGCGCUGCGCGCUGCGGAGCAGAGCGGCAACUGGCGGAGCUGCUUUGAGACACAUGAGCUGGAGCUGGUCAGGUGCUACGGGUGCUACGUGGCGAGUUACACGGCGGCCUGGGACGAGCUUGCGACGCUGCGGGCGAAGUCGAAGACUGUUGAGGCAUUCCUAAAGUGCUGCGAGCUCCAGCCGGCGAAUACACGACGGCUCACGCUCGCAUCGCUGGCCAUCAUGCCAGUGCAGCGCGCACCGCGCUACGUUCUGCUCCUAAGGGAGCUGAGGAGGCGCCUUGGCAAGCAACCCGGUGCGUGCUGCCGCGGGUGGCUCGACGACGCCGACGCGCUCGCCGCCGCAGAGGCGUGCGCACGGCGUGUGGCCACGGCGAUCAAUGACCAUGCCUCGCUUUGA